AAUUCUUCCUCAGUGGAAAUUCUUUCACAUAUUUUUUUUAAUUGGGUGUUGCUCUAGACAAUCAUCAAAAUGUUUUUCUUCCAACCAGGGAUCAGCGAACAGAGCAGCGUUAUGGAAAGUGAUGGCACCUUUGUGGAUAGUAAAACUAUCAGAUUUGUUGAAAAGUGUACAGUCAUUCAAGAACGUAGGCGAAAAACAUUAAGAGCCCCAAGGAAAAUGAAGUUUGAUGAACCAGAAGAUCCCGAACUUGACGAGAUAUUGUCAAUUGGGUCGAUGGAGAUAGAUCCGGAAAUGUGCCAACUAACUCAAAUAGUAGCUGUCACUAUGGCUUCCAUCAUGGAUGACGCAGCAGAAUCUUGCUUCAUAAUGGCAAAAACCUUUGGCCUGCCUGAGGUACAUAUCGAUAUAUCUCAAAAAACUUUACAGGACAGGAAUGAACUGCUGAGAUCUCAUAGCACACUCUUCAAUCCAGAAACAUUAGAAGAUUAUUCAAAAACGCAGAAUAUUUACAUGCUAAGAAAAAUUCAUGGCGAUAUAGUGUUCUUGCAAACUAUCCUAGCUAAAGGUGUUAAAAGUCUCAUGUCUGACUAUAACUACCACCCUUGGCUUUCGUAUAUAGAUAACUAUGAGCUUGCACUGGAACAAGAUACUAAACUUUUAGACAUGGUUGAGAGGAAGACCCUGAGAUUGCAACAACUCAAGGAUAAAUUACAUACUGAUAAAAUACAAUUUCAAAUUGAUUCCGAUCAAUUGUCAUUAGCUAUUGGAAAAUCCAGGGAUGAAAUGGAGGAUUUGAUAAUACAAUCAGAAAUCAACAAAAAUUACUUAGAAAAUUGGGAAAAAUCAAGAAGACAGCAAAAUAUGAGAAUAAAAUUAGGAAGAGAAGAAAAUUACUUGGAUAGAAUUAAGAAAGCUCAAACUGAUAGUCGAAAAGAGACUCGAGUUCAUUUGGAGAUAGAAGCAUACAUGCUUGAAUACUUUAAGGAUAUUGAGAAUUUAAUCCAAGAAUGGAUGAACACUUAUGACAGGGAUAUAGAAACCAAAGACGAGGAAAUUUUGAAAAUGGGAUUUAAUAUUGAAAACUUAACCAAUGAUUUGAAAAUUUUGAAUGAAUUGUACGACAAAAGACAAGAUGAAAUGAAUAAGUGGCUGGCAAGAAAAGCUGAGAAACAGCGUAUAGAAGAGGAAAUUAGAUUUUUGAACAGAAUGGCUACCAUGAUACAAGCAUGGUGGAGGGGAACUAUGGUAAGAAAGAAGUUGGGCCCUUACAGACCAGCAUCAAAAAAGAAAGAUAAGAAAAAGAAGAAAUGAAGAGAAGCAGAGGAAGCAACUGAAUGAAAACUUUUUUUGAAUAAUUUUGUAUUACGAUAUAAAUUUCAAUAUUUGCAAUUAAAGUAGAUGAACAAAUAGUA